CAUACCUCUUCUACAAACAUUUUUUCAUUUUCAGCUUAUGUACUGUCGUAUCCGUCGUCCGUGCUGGUUGGACAAGUAAGAGUCGCAGCUCCGUUUAGAAGGACUAAGUUCUAGUAUAGAAGGACGACCAGAGUGACAUCCCAUCUUCAGCUCAAUUCCGCCUAGAAAUUUUUGAAACCCUGGUGUCAUCUCAGUGCAGUUUAUGUAGCCCAUGUAGUUGCACCUUCUUCGCCUCCUUAUCUUUUCUUCUGGGAACAUAUUUACUUUUGGAGUGGAGAAAAUAAACGAAAAGAAUCGCUUCUGGCGAGACUAUUUGUGCCUUGAAACGCAAGUUGUAGAAAAUGGGCACCUCCAAGGAUGUGCGGCGAGAGAAGAAGCAUCUGCUGAUGCAGUUUCUCAAGCAGCGCAUCAAACCCGGCUGCAAGGACGAAGAGAAGGCCCGGGACUUGAUAUCCUGUGUAAAAAUGUCCCCACCCGACCAGAGUUGUCAUGCAGGUCUGCAAUGACAGGGAACACUUGUGAUGCGCAUCCCCAUGAAGAUAGGCAUUUUGGAAUUUGCAAUGGUGUAAACAGGAUCAGCAGAUGGAUUUGCAAUGCGGCUGUCCUUGCUCACCUGCACUUCUACAUUGUCAUGCGUGACUCCCAAGUACUAGCACAUUCUGUUUAUGUCUAUCAUGCUCCUGCGUGAGGGCUCCCAAAGCUUGAGCUUCUAGGUUCGUGUUGCAAAAUCCCCAUCUACCUGACGACUCUGCGGUGUGGGCCCCGUAGUUUUUCCUCGGGAUACUUGAUUAACUUGGGAAAAAUGUGCGGGAGAAAGCAUGGGCUCGGGUUUCCCUGGUCAAAAUUCGGAAACGAGAUCAAGAAAUACUAUUACCCCGGCGACGCGGCCUUUAUCGACUGCAGCCACCAAGCGGUGGACGUUUUUCGGCAGAUUUGUGCCUGGUACGGAGAGGAAGUGCACGAGGGCGCCGCCUGCGAGACCGAGCUGGACCUGGAAACCAAGUUACCCACGGCAAAGAUGAAUCGUACGAGCACCUGACGAAGAUGACUCCAAUGCGGUCACCGCAUGACAAAGUUUGCCUUCCACCCUCUUCCGCAUGACAAGUAGCUACACACUCAUCUUCUUUCUAAGUUGAUGUCGAAAUUUGUAACUGCGCUUUGUGUGUGUAUGUUUCAUUAUGUGUGCUAGUACGGUAAUAAUUUGUAUUGCAUAGAAGUAUGAGAAAGAGCGGGAACGGCGAAAAAGGGAGGAAGAGGCACGGGAGCAAGAGAAGGAAGAGGUAUCUAUAAAAUCAAGAAGUUUUUUUUUUCCUUCUGGCUCAAUGAUAUUGCAUCGAAACUAGAACAAGUACAAGCGCAUUCGUAAGAUCAAAGGCAUUCGCCACGACUCGCGAAGGCAAACAGGUGGCGAAAGAUGAGUUCACCACAUGAAAAUAAAUGCUAGAUGAACCUUUUGUGGAAAAGGAUAUUACUUGCUGGUUCUCGACCGUCGCGGCAAAAUCUUUGGAAAAAUAUAAAAUCAAGUAUAAAAACAGAUCGCGAAGGAGCUUGCGGCGGAGCCGGAGUCUGGCUCUGACGAGGACAAGAAAAAGCGCCGAAAGAAAAAGAUCAAGAAGUUGGAUCUGCAGAUUGAAAAGGUGCAAGCGGAGCUGCGCAAGCAGAAAAUCGACAACAAGCGUCUGAAGGAAAAAGAAGAGAAGAAGAAUAAGGUGAAAGUGAAAGCACCAGAGCCGUAUGAACUGCAAAAGUAUCGUACUCGUAUAAAUGCGUUACAAAUAAUUUUCUCAGCGUGAGAAAUAAAAUUUGUAAUGCAGAUCUGCCUUAAGAAAAAGAUUUGUAAUGCAAGACUUGCAUUUAUACGAAUACGAUGCUUUUGCAAAGGAUAAGCCGCUUUUGACGACAAAAGUCUUGCUGGGAGAGGACAAUGUGAUGGUGAAGGAGCAAGAAAAAAAUCGCCAGCGGGAGAAGGAUAUGAAAUGCAAAAGCAUCGUACUCGUAUUCCAGUCAUGCAUAUUUUUCUUAAAGUAAAUCAGCAUUACAAAUUUUAUUUCUCAUGCUGAAGAAACCUGUAAUGCAUUUAUAUAUACAACGAAUACGAUGCCUUUGCACUGCAUAAAGAACGCGAAGAAAAGACACCCGAAGCCGCGGAAGUUUGAAGUUGUUUUCAGUUCGCAGGAAGACGAGAAAAAGAACGCGAGCGAUUUCCACACGGACGACAUGAGCUCCAGUGAGGAUGAGGAGGAGAAAAAAGCAAAGGAAAAAAAGAGAUUGGACGCCGAGAAGAAGCGGAAUAAAGAAGGUUCUACCGGCCGCGGUCGGGAUACAACAACUUCUCGGCGCUCCUCGAAUAUUAAUCAUUCGCGUGGCCGCCGCCGCCGUCGUGGUGACGACCGAAACUACGAGCAGACGGCCGCGAGGAACAAAAGCAAAGGUUCUGACUCAUCUUCUUCCCGAGCAGGAGGACGAUCACGGGGGAAUAUUAAAGCGGAAAAGAAAAACUACCUGCGAAAGAAGCACAGGAGCGGCGGCAAAAGGAGCAGCAGCGGCUCCUCCUCCUCUGGACGAGAUCGAGAUGAAGAAAAGAACAAGCGCCUGUCGAAGAAGGAAAAAAAGAAAUUGAAGAAGGAAAAGAAACGAGCGGCGACGUUGAAAAGGAGCAAGGAAAGGGUAGAAGUAGAGGAUGAAGACCAUGAUGCUAGUAGUGCUAGCGAUGUUGUAGAUGAUGCUGUUCCUAGUGGAAAAACAAGAACAAAGAAGAAUAGAGAUGAUCAUGGCCGCACGACCAGGAGCUCCAAGAAGGCAAAGAAGCAGAAAAAGACUUUGAAGCGCAAGCGAAAAGGCAGAUCUUCCUCGGAGGUGGACCAUGAAGAUUCUUCAAGUCAUGAUGCUGGGGAGGAAGAUCGCUCCUCCUCUCCCAGGGAAAAUCAUGUUCAGAAGAAGACGAAAAAAGAACGCAGUCGUGAUGAGACCACGAACAAGAAGAGUGCAGCUACGAUGAAGAAUGAAGGACAAGAACCUCCAUCGGGACGAGCAGGCUCGGGUCAACAACAAGAUAAACCUGAGGACAAAAUCAAAAAUAGCGCGAUGAAGGAAAAAAUUCUUUCACCGGCGCACAGGCACAGCGAAGUAGGCAGCGACGACGACAAAAAGAACAAACGCGAGAAGAAGAAACGGAAAGUGAGUCAGGAGAAAGAACAAGCACAUGCGUCCAAGGGGGACGAGAAAAAGAAGACCAAAAAGAAGACAAAGGACAACAGCAGCUCUGCGGCCGCCUCCUCUAGCAGCGCCAGUGAAGGCGAAGUAGAGAAAAAGAGAGCAGUAUCCUGUGCAAAAGUAUCGUACUAGUAUAAAUUGCAUUACAAAUUCACUUAGCAUUACAAAUUGAAGCUGUAGUGCGGAUUUGCCUUAACAAAGAGAUUUGUAAUGCAUAAACGCGAUCAGUACGAGUACGAUAAUAUUUUUGCAAUGCAUAAGCAGCCGCCGGUGGCAAGAAAAGUCCUGCUCGUCGUGGAGCUGUUUCCUCCGGUGGUUCUUCACACCCUGAAGAAGAGAUGCCAUCUGCGAGUGACGUCACUGACAAAGAUGAGUCUUCUGCUGACCACCGAGACGAGGAUAACUCGUCGUCUUCCUCGGGCGGUGAUCAUACUUCCAUAUGCAUUGCAAAAGUAUUGUAUUUUUCGUAUAAAUGCAUUACAAAUUUCCCCAGCAUGUUGACAAAUAAAAUUUGUAAUGCGGAUUUACCUUUAAGCAAGAGAUUUGUAAUGCAUGAAUGCGAUUAGUACGAGUACGAUACUUUUGCACAGGAUAUUCCAACGGUACAACUAGCGAGGACGAAAAGGAACAAACUGACAGCGAAGGUGGAACAUCAAGUAGCCUCUCGAGCAGCGGAGGUCGUCGUGGUGCCAGUCGUGAGAAGAAGAAAAACAAGAAGAGCAAGUUGGAGGGCCGCAAGAAGUCAAAAUCCAAAUCGAAAUCGAAAUCUAAAGCGAAGAAACUUAAAUCCAGCACAGGAGCUCCUGCCCCCACUUCUGCGAACAAAAAGAAUGGAGCCGCGAACAAAGACCCAAACCGCAAAACGGCUUCCCGGGAGAGAAAGAUUGCCUAUCUGAAGGCGAAAAUCGAGGAGGCGAAAAAGCUAUCCUGUGCAAAAGUAUCGUACUCGUAUGAGAAGUGGCAGUCUUGCAUGACAGAUCUACCACUGUACCUCAAUCAGCAUUACAAAUUCUAUUUUUCCCUGUGCAACAAUUUGUCAUGCUAUUUGUACUAGUACGAUAGUUUUGCAUUGCAUAAAAGCAAAGCAGGCAAUUAGACGAGAAACUAGCUGCGAAAAAGGAAAAUAAAGCUACGACGUCGAAAAAUAUAAUUCGAGAACAGAGUAAAGAAAAAGAAAAAAACGAGAAGUUGUCCAGGCCGAAAGUAUAUCAACUGUAAAAAUGUCUGGGUCUGGAAGAAUUAAUGUUUGUCAUGCUUGUCUGGCAUGACUCUUAAAUCUGUCAUGCACGUUACCCAAGAGCUCCGCUUUUCUGUGAUGCAGAAGCGCAGUUUGUCAUGCAGAAUAGGCAACACCUAGGAGCUCAGAAACUUGUCAUGCUGAGCCAGCAUCUGUAGCCUCAUCAUGAGACGCCACCCAGCAUCACAAGUUUCCAGACCCAGACACUUUUACUUUUGAUAAAGUAGAGCUCCGGAGUCGCAGCCACUCCCGCCGGCGCGGGCAGUCAGGUGGAACCUCUUUACGCAAUGCAAAAGUAUCGUUCUAGUAGAAAAUUUUGUCAGCAUGAUGAAAAUACUGGAAUGAAUUUGUAAUGGUAAUAUUAGUUCGUGCACACCACGACCACAAGGAAGAUACUAGAUCUGUCAUUCACCAUUAUUGCGAAUACUACGACUGCGAUGCUAUUGCAAUCUGCAUACUCUUCUUCGUCCCGGAGCAAGUCCUCGCGGGGCAAAGGCUCGAGGUCCAAGGAAAAUAAACGGAGUCGGUCCAGUAUCCUGUGCAAAAGUACUAUCGUACUAGUAUAAAUUGCAUGACUAAUUAGCUUAGCACUACAAAUGGAAUUUGUAAUGCUGUUGUAGCUAAGAAAGGCGAUUUGUCAUGCAUGUCUGCAAUUAGUACGAGUGCCAUACUUUUGCAAUGCAUAUCCAGGUCGGGUAAAAAUUCUCGAGGACGCGGUCGUCGUGGUGGAAGUGGGCCACGGAGGAGGAGAUCACGCUCUCGGUCCGGCAGCUAUGAAAUGCAAAAAUGUCUGGGUCUGGAAACUUGUACUGCUAGUUUGUGCAUGGUAGGCGCACUGCGUUACGCAGCCACGCAUGACAAGUUUCUGAGCUCCUAUAUGUUUCGCUUCCCGCAUGACAAACUGCGUUUUUGCAUGACAGGUAAGAGGCUGCUUUCCUGCUCACGCAUGACAGAUUCCAGAGUCACGCGAGACAAGCAUGACAAACUUGCAUUCUUCCAGACCCAGACAUUUUUACAUUUGAUAGCAGCGACCGCCGAAGAACACGUAGGAGGAACGCGCGAUCGAGGUCAGAUUCUCGUCGGCGGAGCGGGCGCGGCGGUGGAAACAGACGUAUCCUGUGCAAAAGUAUCGUUCUCGUAUUGCAAUCAUGCAUUACAAAUAUUUUCCCCGAGGUAAAUCAGCAUUACAAAUUUUAUUUCUCGUGCUGAGGGAAUUUGUAAUGCAUUUAUGCGAGUGCGAUACUUUUGCACUGCAUAAGACGGUCCUUUGGCCGUCGCGGCGGAGGAGGACGCGGAGGCAUGUACGGCUUUCGCGACCGGCGCGGAUCCUUCGAGGAUCGCCGCCGCAGACGAGAUUCCUCUCGCGACAACCGUCGGGACCGCGGCAAUAAGGGCCGAGGAAAGAUGAACAGUGUUGACAAGGGCAAGGGCAAGAAGGGGGCGAGCACAACUGGCAUCAGGAGCAAGCGGGGGAAUGAGGAUGCGGACCUACCGCAGAACGAAGGCGACUUAGCGUUGGACGCGUUCGCUGAUAAGGAUGAUGUUUUGUCGAGUUCUGAAGAGGAGGAGAUUCGGACGGCGGGGCUGAGCAGGGUGGUUCUGAAGGAACGGAAGAAAGACGAGAAUGACGGCGAUGAAAAGACGACAUAUCAAACAAAAAAGUGUUUUACGUUAAAAACGGUUUUCACAGAUUUCAAAUAUGCAUGAAAAAUCUUUCCUGGCAUGCAUGCUACGCAUGACAAAUUUGUGCACGUUUUGCGAUGUGUUACUGCAUCACAAAUUCCGUUUAAACAUAUAGCAUUUUUUUCUGUGAUACGACAGCAGGAAUGAUCAAGAAGGACGAAGAACAAGAUCCGGGGCGCGGUAUCAAAUGUAAAAAUGUCUGGGUCUGGAAGAGUGCAAGAUUUGUGAUGCAGGUUUUCCAUGGCCCAUGAGGUCUGGAAUGCGAGACCCAGCAUGACAGAUUUUUUGAGGUCUCUAUCAUGCCUUUCCUGCAUGAGAAACUCCCUCUCAACUUGGUCAAAAGCGGACAGCUUUCGGUACUCACGCAACACAGAUUUUUGCAUCAUUCAGAUUUAGCGUGACAAGUUCUAACCUUCCAGACCCAGGCAUUUUUGCACUUGAUACGCGCCGAGGGUCGACAAAACCACGGAGAUGCUACAACAACUGCGGAGAUGAUAUGGCGUUCUCAACUGUUACAUUCUCAACUGUUACAUGAAUUUGUGAUGCAAGAAUGGCAAAAGUGAUAGGGGAGAUCUUGCGCGUCUUGCAUGACAGAUCUUCAGCCUGUUUGGACCUUCAAGAAUUUGUCAUGCGCAACAGCUUGAUCGCGUCGAAUCUGAUUGGGGUUUUGCAUGACAAAUCAUGUAACAGUUGAGGAUGUAACAUUUGAGAACGCCAUAGAUGAACCAAAAAGUAGACUCGUCAACCGCUGCGGUUGCCGGAGAACAUCAUGUUGAUCAAGAGCAUAACAACAAGCCUGAAGAUGACGAUCACGCGGCUACGAAAAAAGCUGGCGCCGGCGAGGACAAGGAAGAUCAGCUGCAGGAGAACUACAAGACUGCUAAAUCUGCUCCCAAAGUAGAACUACUGCAGCAAGCGCCGAAACAUAUUCGAGAGCGAGACGAGGAAGAUAAGUUUGACUUGGUGAAGAAAGCGUUGGAAGUUACCAAGAAAACCAAGGAGAAGAAUAAAGAGAAAGGAGCGACAAAUAGUAAAGACUCCACGGAAAAGGACGACGAAGAGGCGAAGAAGGCCGAGUUUUUUAAACUGGGAGAGGAACUUGCGGCGGAGUUGCUGAAGCCGCAACUGAAGAAGAUCAAGCCGAGAGCCAGAGGGCCAUCGCCGAAGUUUCGGGUGUACUCGAAGGAAAGGGGGGCGAGGAGGUAAUAAAAUAUGAGAUCCUAUGGUCAACGCGAAGUAGAAGCCAAGUUGAAAAAUUGAAAACGCUAAAACUCCACGUGUGAGGAUGCAUGAUUAAUGUCACUGAAGCAAAACUUACCCACUGCAAGUAGAAUCAACUGCUUCGAAGACCUCCGACAAAGAACGAGCCUCCAUCAGUGCCAGUAUGCUGCUCGGUGAUGAUGCUUCUGAACAAAGUAGGAGCGAAAACAUCAGCUCUCGAUGUCCAAAAGGAAAACAACUACAUGAACAUGAUUUAAUAUUUUCGAAGCAGAACAAGGAGCGAAAAGGAAAA